AUGGCCGCGUCUUCCGCCACUGAGGUCGUCGUUGCACCCGCAACGAGUCAGUCAACGACGGACGAAAAAGUCAAACUUCCUUUCGAUCCGGAGGCAUUGAAAGACAAGUACGUCCAGGAGCGAGAAAAGAGACUUCAUAAUGGUGGCAUCGACCAGUAUCGACCGAUAGAAGGCACACUCCACAAUUGGAUCGAAGACCCAUAUGUCGAACCAGGUUUCAAACGUGAGCCCGUCGAGAAAAAUGUCGAGGUUUUGAUCGUGGGAGGUGGCUACGGCGGCCAGCUCUGCGCAGUUCGCCUGCAAGAGCAGGGAAUCAAGGACUACCUGAUGAUUGAGAAAGGUGGUGAUUAUGGCGGCACCUGGUACUGGAACAGAUACCCCGGAGCACAGUGUGAUAUUGAUUCCUACGUUUACAUGCCACUUUUGGAGGAAGUAGGCUAUAUUCCGGUUGAGAAAUACUCCCAUGCUACGGAACUCCUUGCUCAUGCUCAAGCUAUCGGAAAGCAUUUUGAUCUCUAUCGAAACACUCUGUUCCAGACAGAAGUCCUCGAUCUUAAGUGGGAUGACUCAACAGCUUUAUGGAACAUCCAGACAUCCCAUAACGACAAGAUAACGGCUCGAUUUGUGAUUCCCGCUUCCGGGCCCCUCCACAGACCAAAGCUUCCCGGAAUUUCUGGUAUCGAAUCCUUUACAGGCCACUCAUUCCACUCGAGUCGAUGGGAUUAUGACUAUACUGGUGGUAACACCCUUGGUGGACUAACUAAACUCAAAGAUAAGCGGGUCGGAAUCUUGGGAACUGGUGCCACUGCGGUUCAGAUUGUUCCGCAUCUCGCCGACUGGGCUAAAGAAGUGUUUGUCUUUCAACGAACUCCGUCCUCUAUCGGAAUACGAGGCAACAAACCAACGGAUCCAGAAUGGGUUAAGACCCUAAAGAGCGGAUGGCAGCAAGCACGCAUGGAUAACUUCAACGCGAUCCUUAGUGGAAGCCACGUCGAUACAGAUCUUGUUGCCGAUGGGUGGACAGCUGGUAUGAGAAAGCUUCGUCCCGGACCAGAUCAACUUAAGGGUGGCGACCCCGCAGAACUGGCGAAGCAGAUUCAGCUUGCCGAUUUCGAGCAAAUGAACUCCAUCCGCGCUAGAGUUAGCGAGAUUGUGAAAGACCAGGCUACCGCUGACGCUCUCAAACCAUGGUACAACCAGUUCUGCAAGCGACCGACGUUUCAUGAUCGGUAUCUACAGUCGUUUAAUCAGCCAAACGUUACCCUUGUCGACACUCAAGGCCGAGGUGUCGACAGGGUUACUCCUAAGGGUAUAGUAGCGAACGACAAGGAAUACGAGCUAGACUGUAUCAUCUAUGCUACCGGCUUUGAGCUUGCUACCGACUGGUCCCAUCGUUCUGGCAUGGAAAUCACUGGGCGAAAUGGUCUCACUAUUACUGAAAAAUGGCAUGACGGGAUGAAGUCACUUCAUGGCUGGACCACGAAUGGAUUCCCCAACUGCUUCUUUGUUAGCGGCAUCCAAGCAGCAUUAACAUCUAAUUUCAUGCAUAUCACCAACGAGCAGGCAAAGCACAUCGCUUGGGUCAUUCGACAAAUGAAGGAGAGGGGUCUACGAACCGUCGAGGCUUCUAUUGAUGCGGAGGAGGCCUGGGUGCAGACGAUCAUCGAGAAGGGCAAGGAGCGCCUCGAGUUUUUGAAACAAUGUACCCCUGGAUACUAUAACGAUGAGGGUGCCAUCACAAUGAAGUUACGAAGGAACUCAUGGUACGGAGGUGGAGCAGUUGCAUUCCUGGAGAUUACAAAGAAGUGGAGAGACGACAUGAAGUUGGAAGGCCUCCAAGUGACAGAGGUUGAUUAG